GACAAAAGAGGUUUGAAUUAUACUUCAAUUCGGAUGUCUGUGUCAUUAACCCAGUCUGUUUCGAGCUUCUCUUAUAAUUAACAAACAAACAAUCUGGGAUUUCUGAAACUCUGCAAUUUUGAAUCCAGAAUCCAACAGAAGUAGAGAAGACGAGACGACACAGGCGAUUAGGGAGUGGGUUGAGUUCGUUGCAAUUGCGGCGAUCCUGAUUCCUGAUCGCCUUUUUCUCUUCUUUUAGGUAAUCACAACUAUCACAGUGAUCAAGUUGUUGUUGUCUAAAAUUCGUAAUUUUGUCAAGGAAAAUGAUGAGAAUGUUGGGACAAGUGUUAAUGGGGACACAAGGAGGUGGUCAAUCCCUCUUCUCCACCAUUAAAAUUGCAGUCCUUCCAAUAGCAAAGGUUUUUACAAUGUGCUUCCUCGGCUUUCUUAUGGCUUCUAAGUAUGUCAAUAUCCUUCCUGCUAGUGGCCGUAAAUUGCUCAAUGGGCUGGUCUUUACUCUUCUGCUCCCCUGUUUGAUUUUCUCUCAAUUAGGCCAAUCUAUUACCCUCCAGAAGAUGAUUGAAUGGUGGUUCAUCCCUUUCAAUGUUAUCCUGGCUACUAUUUCUGGCUCUCUCAUUGGUCUACUCGUCGCAACUAUUGUCCGCCCGCCAUACCCCUUCUUUAAGUUCACCGUUGUACAUAUUGGAAUCGGAAACAUCGGCAAUGUGCCCCUUGUCUUGAUUGCAGCUUUGUGUAGAGAUAAGGCUAAUCCUUUUGGCGAUUCAGACAAGUGCAGUCAAGAUGGAACUGCCUAUAUUUCAUUUGGCCAGUGGGUUGGUGCAAUUGUCUUGUAUACAUAUGUAUAUCAAAUGCUAGCACCCCCUCCUGAAGGUACCUUUGAUGUUGAAGGUGGACAUCUUCCAAUCAAAAAUCAACAACACAAUGGAAGUGAAACACCAGAACAAGUUCCUUUACUUUCUCAAGAUCAAGGGCCGUUGGUAUCAAAUGUGUCGAAGGAAGGAAAGAUCAAGGAGUUCCUAAUAUUCAUAUAUGACAAGUUAAAGCUCAAACAGCUCAUACAACCUCCUAUUAUUGCUUCUGUGUUGGCAAUGGUACUGGGAUGUGUGCCUUUCUUGAAGAGUUUAAUCUUUGCAAGUGAUGGUCCACUGUAUUUUUUCACCGACAGCUGCAUGAUUCUUGGGGAGGCGAUGAUUCCAUGCAUUUUGCUAGCAUUGGGAGGCAACCUUGUGGAUGGGCCUGGAAGUUCAAAACUUGGUUUCAGGACAACUGCUGCAAUUAUUUUUGGGCGGUUAGUUUUGGUCCCACCUGCAGGGCUUGGCAUAGUGACUCUGGCUGAUAAGUUGGGAUUCCUUCCCGCUGGUGAUAAGAUGUUCAAAUUUGUGCUGUUACUUCAACACACAAUGCCUACUUCUGUGCUUUCAGGUGCUGUUGCCAACUUGAGAGGAUGUGGGAAGGAAUCGGCUGCAAUACUGUUCUGGGUUCAUAUAUUUGCAAUUAUUUCAAUGGCUGGAUGGAUUGUGCUAUACAUUCACAUACUCUUCUGAAAAUACAUGACUUUCUUUUGCCCAAUGUUAAGUAGGUUUGUUUUUUAUAGUUAGUUUCUAUUUUGAAAUGUUUGGAGUUGAUGGUACUUUUGAAAAGCAAUAGUUAAUAGGGGCUAAGGCUAGAGGUUGUACAUGCCUACAUGGCCAUCUGGAAUUACAAACUGAAGGGUUGAUAUAAUUUCUGCAUGUUACUACUUACCAGAAUGAUUAGAUAGAUCCUUCCCCGGAAAAGGCGAAAAAGAGGGUUGAAAAAAGGCCUUUCUCAUGGAACUGUUUUAAGGUUGGUAGAUUUUGGAGAAGCAGCUUUGUACAGAUGAUGAAGAUGUGGAUAUAAUUCUAAUUGUGCUUGCAUGUGCCUAUAUACUCUAUGGCACAAUUGUCUGUGUUUUGUAUUAUAUGGAUUAUGAUUAUGAUUAUUAUGAUUACGAUUGAAUAAA